CUACUCCCCAUCAUUUCCCACCAUUACCAAGCACCUAAACCUCAACCUCUUCUUCGCGCCGCGAUUCUCUUCUGCGUUCCAACAGCUUCAUCGCCAGAUCCCGAGAUUCUCCGUCAUGUCCUACCGGCCCAACUACCGAGGAGGCCGCGGAAACUCCGGAGGAGGCCGCGGAACCUCCGUCGGUCGCGGCGGAGGCCGCCGUGGCGGUGGCGGAGAAGGAGGGCGCGGGGAACAGCGCUGGUGGGACCCGGUGUGGCGAGCGGAGCGGCUCAGACAGAAAGCUGCCGAGGUAGAAGCUAUGGAUGAGAAUGAAUGGUGGGGUAAGAUAGAGCAGAUGAAAAGAGGAGGAGAGAAGGAGAUGAUAAUCAAGCGCAACUUUAGUCGAGCAGAUCAGCAAACACUAGCUGACAUGGCUUAUCAACUUGGCCUUCACUUCCAUGCGUAUAACAAGGGCAAGACUCUUGUAGUUAGCAAAGUUCCGUUGCCAGAUUACCGGGCAGAUCUUGAUGAGCGUCAUGGUUCUACACAGAAAGAGAUUAGAAUGACUACAGAAAUUGAAAGGCGAGUUGGAAAUCUGUUGGAUCGCUCACAGUCACGAGGAGGGCUAUCUGCUAAUAGUUCUUCGGAGGCAUCUUCUCAGCGAGGGAAACAAUCGUUAGCUGAUGGUGAUAUGACACAACCUGUCCCCGUACUGGAAAAUGAUUCUACCAAGGAAAAACUUAGUCUUGAGCUCAAGGAAAAGCACGAUAAAAUGAAGGCAAGUGGUAGUUUAAAGGCAAUGCAGUCAUUCCGGGAGAAGCUUCCUGCAUUCAAAAUGAAGUCCGAGUUUCUGAAAGCUGUUGCAGAAAAUCAGGUACUAGUAGUUUCAGGAGAGACAGGUUGUGGCAAAACAACUCAGCUUCCACAAUUUAUUCUUGAAGCGGAGAUCUCCUCUUUGCGUGGUGCCGAUUGCAACAUAAUUUGCACUCAACCUCGCCGUAUAUCUGCUAUUUCCGUCUCAGCUCGUGUAUCCUCAGAAAGAGGAGAAAGUCUAGGUGAAACUGUUGGUUAUCAGAUUCGGCUGGAGUCAAAGCGUUCUUCUCAAACAAGGCUCCUCUUUUGCACAACUGGAGUAUUACUUCGUCAAUUGGUGCAGGAUCCAGAGUUAACGGGUGUAAGCCACUUGCUUGUUGAUGAAAUCCAUGAAAGAGGCAUGAAUGAGGACUUUUUACUGAUAAUUCUGCGGGAUCUCCUACCCCGCCGUCCAGAUUUACGUCUUAUUCUAAUGAGUGCAACAAUCAAUGCUGACUUGUUCUCUAAAUACUUUGGAAAUGCACCUACCAUACAUAUACCGGGAUUCACUCAUCCUGUGGCUGAGUUGUUUCUAGAAGACAUUUUGGAGAAAACGCGCUAUAGUAUCAAGUCAGAGUUUGACAAUUUUGAGGGAAACUCAAGGAAAAGAAGAAGACAGAAAGAUACCAAGAAAGAUCCGUUAACUGAAUUAUUUGAGGAGGUUAAUAUCGAUGCUCAAUAUGGAUCUUAUAGCACAUCAACGAGAAAGUCUCUUGAAGCUUGGUCUGGAUUACAGCUUGAUCUGGGUCUGGUAGAGUCGACUAUUGAAUACAUAUGUUGCCAUGAAGGUCCUGGUGCGAUUCUCGUAUUCCUUACAGGCUGGGAUGACAUUUCAAAGCUACUUGACAAAGUUAAGGCAAACAGAGUCCUUGGAGAUCCAAGCAAGUUUAUGGUUCUUCCCUUGCAUGGAUCUAUGCCUACCAUCAAUCAACGUGAAAUAUUUGAUAGGCCGCCACCUAACCAAAGAAAAAUUGUGCUGGCAACAAACAUUGCUGAGAGUAGCAUCACCAUAGAUGAUGUUGUGUAUGUCAUAGACUGUGGAAAGGCAAAGGAGACUAGUUAUGACGCUCUUAACAAACUGGCUUGUCUCUUACCAUCGUGGAUUUCAAAAGCUUCAGCACACCAGAGACGAGGGCGUGCGGGCCGUGUGCAGCCUGGAGUUUGUUAUAAAUUGUAUCCAAAAAUGAUUCACGACGCAAUGCUUCAAUACCAGUUACCUGAAAUACUCCGAACACCUCUGCAAGAGCUGUGCCUCCAAAUCAAAAGUUUGCAGCUUGGAACUGUUGGAUCCUUUCUUGCAAAGGCACUUCAGCCACCGGAUCCCCUUGCUGUUCAAAAUGCAAUUGAGCUUCUUAAAACUAUAGGAGCUUUAGAUGAUAGGGAAGAGCUCACUCCACUUGGUUGCCAUCUUUGCACUCUGCCAUUGGAGCCAAACAUUGGGAAGAUGCUACUGAUGGGGUCUAUCUUUCAAUGCCUUAAUCCUGCCUUAAUAAUUGCUGCUGCUCUUGCUCAUCGCGAUCCAUUUGUCCUGCCUAUAGACAGAAAAGAGGUAGCUGAUGCUGCAAAAAGGUCUUUUGCCGGUGACUCAUGCAGCGAUCACAUUGCACUUCUUAAAGCUUUUGAAGGCUGGAAGGAGGCAAAACGUAGUGGGAAGGAAAGAGCCUUUUGUUGGGAGAACUUUUUAUCUCCGGUAACUUUGCAGAUGAUGGAUGAUAUGAGAAUGCAGUUUCUGGAUCUUCUAUCGGAUAUUGGCUUUGUGGACAAGUCCCGGGGUCCUACUGCUUAUAACCAGUACAGUCACGAUUUGGAGAUGGUAUGUGCAAUCCUUUGCGCCGGGCUGUAUCCGAAUGUUGUGCAGUGCAAAAGAAGAGGAAAGCGGACGGCGUUUUACACCAAAGAAGUUGGGAAAGUUGACAUCCACCCCGCAUCUGUCAAUGCUGGAGUACAUCUCUUCCCUCUACCUUACAUGGUUUAUAGUGAGAAAGUGAAAACAACCAGCAUUUAUAUCCGGGACUCUACGAAUAUUUCGGAUUAUGCCUUGUUACUCUUUGGUGGUAAUCUCAUACCCAGCAAAACUGGGGAAGGUAUUGAAAUGCUCGGUGGUUAUCUCCAUUUCUCCGCGUCGAAGAGUGUUUUGGAGUUGAUACGGAAACUGCGUGGUGAACUGGACAAUCUUUUAAACAGGAAGAUUGAGGAACCAAGUUUUGACAUUUCCAGAGAAGGAAAGGCAGUGGUUGCUGCUGCGAUUGAGUUAUUGCACAGUCAAAACGUACGAUACUAAACCUUUUUUUUUUUUCUCUUUGGAAAAAGUAUCCAUUGUUUCUUCCCUUCUGGUUCAGUAUCAGCAGAGGUUUGUAGGAGCUCCCUUAUUUUAUUUCCUUUUUCUAAAUUCUUUUACUCUUGUUCAUAAAUUCCUCCUGUUUAUCAGUGCAAAAUUUGUAGGAGUUUAGUAGUAAAAUUUUCGGGCUUUGACCUUACAUAUGUAAUUUUGUUUUGGUCUCUGGUGGCUGUAAUGUUAACAUACAAAAUAUAUAUUUGGAAGAGAGUGCCUAUAGAAGCGAGAGGACUCGUGUUA